AAUAAUAACCCAUUUCAUCCUCAAUAUCUCACAAAUUCAUUUGAGACUCCAUGGAAACCACCACCUAUUUUCCAGUUCUGAUUACUUUCUUGGCUUUGAUUUCCAUAUUCUUGUUCCAAAACAGAAAACACACAACCAAAACAAAUCUCCCUCCAAGUCCUCUGGCUCUCCCCAUCCUUGGCCAUCUUCAUCUCCUCAAACACCCAAUCCACAGAACUCUUCACUCUCUCGCCCAAAACCACGGCCCCAUUUUCACUCUCCGUCUCGGCUCUCGUCCUGUCGUCGUCGUCUCCUCCACCUCCGCCGUCGAAGAAUGCUUUACAACAAAUGACAUCGUUUUCGCAAACCGCCCUCAAUUCGUUUCCGGCAAGUACCUCAGCUACGGUAACACCACUCUUGGAGCCGCCCCAUACGGCGAUCACUGGCGCAACCUAAGACGGUUGAGCGCAACCGAAGUCUUGUCGUCCAUUCGGUUGAACAUGUCAGCCGGAAUCCGGAAGGAAGAGAUCAAGAUUUUGCUAAGGAAAUUGUACAAAGUUUCAGGAACAGAGUAUGGAAAAGUGAAGUUGAAAACUCCGUUUUCGGAGUUGACGUUCAACAUGAUAAUGAGAAUGGUGGCUGGAAAAAGGUAUUAUGGGGAAGAGGUGAGUGAAUUGGAAGAGGCGAAGAAAUUCAGAGAAAUUAUGCAGAAAUCGUUUCAAUUGGGAUCAUAUCCAGGGGAUUUCUUGCCAUUCUUGAAAUGGGUUGAUUGGCAAUAUGCCAAAAGAUUGGAAAAUCUUGGGAAAGAUAUGGAUUUGUUCUUGCAGAAUUUGGUGGAUGAACAUCGAAGAAAUCAAGGGGAUGGGAAACAGGGGAAUACAAUGAUUAGCCAUAUCCUCUGUUUGCAGAAGACUCAGCCUGAUUAUUACACCGAUGAAAUUAUCAAAGGCCUUAUCGUUACAAUUUUAUCAGCAGCAACCGAAACAUCAUCGGCGACAAUAGAGUGGGCAAUGUCAAAUCUCCUCAACCAUCCAGAAGUAUUAAACAAGGCAAAAAAUGAACUUGACAAACAAAUUGGACAAGACAGACUCUUAGAUGAAGAAGAUAUCUGUAAUCUACCAUACCUUCAAAAUGUAAUUUCAGAGACACUACGCCUUUAUCCACCAGCUCCGCUCUUAGCUCCACAUUUUUCAUCGAGUAGUUGUUGUCUAGGAGGAUACCAUAUUCCUGCCAACACUAUGUUGAUGGUCAAUGCAUGGACCAUUCAAAGAGAUCCCAAAGUUUGGGAGGACUCAACAAGCUUUAAACCUGAGAGAUUUGAAAGUGAGGGAGGAGGUAGCAGCAACAACAAUGGCUACGGAUUCUUGCCAUUCGGAUUGGGAAGGAGGGCUUGCCCUGGGAUGGGGAUGGCCAACCGUGUGGUGGGCUUGACUUUGGGCUCAUUGAUUCAGAGCUUUGAGUGGAAGAGAGUGAGUGAAAAGGAGAUUGACAUGACUGAAGGUCAAGGGAUCUCUAUGCCUAAAGUUGAGCCAUUGGAGGCCUUGUGUAGAGCUCGUCCCAUCAUGAAAAACCUUGCAUUAGAUUAAUUGUUGGUGUAUUUUUUGAAUGUUAGACACUUUUCAUGUUGAAAAUAAUUUGUUAAUGUUGCAAGUCAAGUGAGGAAUGGGAACCACUUUGUUGAAUUCUAAUGAGAUGUCUUUGCUGCCAAAGGAUUCUGAUUGAAUCGAGUGAUAU